UCCACGGUGAAGAAUUACUUGAUCCACAUUCUCGUUGCGUUCAUCACGGCACAUCUCAUUCAUAACAGAAUCGGACAUGGAUUGAGCAAGAUUCCUGGGCCGUUCCUCGCUUCACUAAGUGGCAUAUGGCUCUUCGUGCACUAUUUUCGGCGGCGAGGACUUACCGAGUUCGAUCUACAUUCUAAAUACCAAUCGCCACUAAUUCGCUUAGGGCCUAACACUGUGUCUGUAUCGGAUGCUGAGGCACUGAAGAUCAUAUACGGCUGGAAGCCAAUCUUACGCAAGAGCCGGCUCUAUAUAUCACAGUAUGUGACAGCCAAAGAUGGAAAUGUUCUAGAUAACGUGUCCUCCACUCGAGAUGAAAAGAAGCACAGUCUUCUCCGACGAACUGUGGCGAACGCUUAUGCGCUUGGAACGUUGAUUGAAUUUGAGCCGCUUGUCGACUCGACAUCCCUCUGUUUCUUUAAAGAACUUGAGUCACGCUUUGUGGCGACCGGUGCGACGUGCCCUCUUACCGACUGGGUCCAAAUGUAUGCCUUCGAUAUUAUUGGCGAACUCACCUUCAGCAAGCGCUUCGGCUUCUUGGAAAGCGGUAAAGACAUUGAAUCAAUGAUGCUUCAUACUGGAAAAGCCAUGGAUUAUAUUGGUAUUAUGGGCCAGUUACCUUUUCUUGAUGAAUACGUGCGGCUCAAGGGAUUUGGCCACAUCUUCCGACUCUUCCACCCAACCGGCCCCCUUAUGAAGUUUACGACAAAGCAGAUCAGUCACCACGCUGAAACCCCUGGUGCUUCUCGCCGCGAUUUCUUGACAAGAUUUUUGGAAGCACGCGAGAAGAACCCCGAACUCAUGACUGACCAGAGGCUUGCAACGUACGCAAACACCAAUGUUAGCGCGGGCUCGGACACUACUGCCAUUGCCCUCAGAGAGGUCAUUUACAGAAUCCUUAGCCAUAAAGGCUCUCUGAAAAAGGUGCUCUCCGAGAUCGCUACAAUUGUCCAGGCCCGCGUCGCUUCUUUGGUGGACCAGAAAGAGCUUAAAAAACCUAUCACCUGGCUUGAGGGCCAGAGCAUGGUAUACUUCCAGGCUGUCCUCAAGGAGUGCCUCCGGAUCCACCCUGGCCUUGGGCAAAUCAUCCCCCGUGAUAUUCCUGCUGGCGGCCUAGAAAUUUGCGGGCAGUACCUGCCAGAGGGGACUGUGGUGGGCUGCAACGCCUGGACUAUCCACCGUGAUCGAAAUGUUUUCGGUGACAAUGCAGACGAGUUUGUGCCUGAGCGCUGGCUCGACGGUACUGAGGAGCAACUUCGGGCCAUGGAAAAUGCGAUCUUCACUUUCGGGGCGGGCUCUCGCAUUUGCCUUGGGAAGAACAUUGCGCUGCUGGAAAUUUACAAAAUGGUUCCGGAGCUAUUCCGUCGGUUUGAUCUUGAAUUAGUCGACCCCAAAAGGUACCGUGUGAGACCAGGAUGGCUAGUUUUACAGGAAGGCCUAGACGUUCGAUUAAAGAUAAGAGAUCAGACUCUUUUUACGCACUCUGAUGAACAAGCGUCCUAA